GGCAGUGGAUCCAUAGGGAACCUCCAGUCGACAUGUUGGUCAUGGUGGACUCUUUGUGGACCCGUUUUCUCUCCAGCUUUUGCCGUCCGACGCUUGGGCUCGAGCGAGCGCUUCACACGGCGUCCGCGAAGCAGAGAGCCAGACGCAAGCUGAGAGGCCAUGGUGCUGGAGGAGCAGUUCAUCCAGAAGUGCCGCGAGGCCUUCAACACCUUCGAUCAAGAUGGCAGCGGCACCAUUGAUACCCAGGAGAUGAAGCUCUUAUUGGAAGCCAUUGGAGAGGCGCCCAGCGAAGAAGAGCUCUUUCGCUUCAUGGCAGAUGUGGAUGAAGAUGGGACGGGAGAGAUUGAGUUCGCGGAGUUCCUCCGUGCCUUUGAGAAGCAGCGGGGCGGUGCACAGGAGUUGGAAGACGAACUCGACACCAUCGACGCCUUCGUGGCACUGGGUGGAGAGCCCGACAAAACUGGAUACAUCGACACCGCUCGGCUGAUCCAAGUGGUCAAGGAUGAGUUUGGCAUGACCAUCAAGAUCGAAAAGCUCAUCGAGGAGUGGGAUAAGGACAAGGAUGGGCGCUUGGACUACCGCGAGUUUGCUGCCAUCUUUCAGUGAGAAAACAGCACAAAGGGCAGCGUCGCACUGGACACCUGAGGGUUGAAUGAUCUGGCACCGUGGCACGAAAGUCAAAGAAAACAUGUCACCUCAAAAAAGUGGA